CACUGCGCAGCCGCGGGGGCGGGACUGGCCUCGGUCCCGGAAGCCGGAACCGCUAGCUUGUGAGUCUUCGGUCCGAAGACCAUGAGCGCGGCGGGUGACCUUCGUCGCCGCGCGCGACUGUCGCGCCUCGUGUCCUUCAGCGCGAGCCACCGGCUGCACAGGAGCAACACAGUCGGGAAUUGAAUCCCAGAGAAACAAGACCGCACCUGAGAGUUGGUUUCAAAGGGAGCUUCGUUACUCACUUGAAGCCCAUCUCUGAGCGAUGAAGAGAACUUAAGAGUGUUUGGGAAAUGCAACAAUCCGAAUGGCCACGGGCACAACUAUAAAGCCUCAGUGUGCUUACUCACAAUGAAAUACCCAGUGGUGUGUGUGUGGAAGGGAAAAAGUCCAAACUUAUAAAGGUGCUGACCAGUUUUCAAGCACAUCAGGUGACUACCCGCUGUUUUAUGAGCUGACAGUGAACGACGACUGGUUUUGCCUGCAGAGGAGGUGGGUCAGUUUGCUACAUAGCUGGAUGCGCAUGCGCAUUUCCCACUUUACAGGCAGAGACUGAGCGGCAUCUCCCUCCUCCCAGUGAUGGCAGCCUUAUAAGCAGGAAAGCUUCACUCCUUUUUGGAUUUGCUAAUUUUCUCUGCUCAGCCAAAGCUUCCUCCAAGCUCCUCUGUCAGAGCUGAGUCUUCAUUGACCGAUAAAAAGAUCUUAAUGAAAAGAAUACCUAUUUGGAGAAAAGUUGAAGUAUAGCCUUGGGGACCGUAGAUCUAUGUUUCUGUCGCUAACUUGCGCUAAUCUGUUGAAAGUCAUGUUUUGUUGGUAUUUUUUGUUUUCUUUCUCACAGUUGUGGUGACAGUCCAUGGAGAGACAGGGUCUCAUGUUCAAGGCUGCCCUUGAACUUCCUGUGUUGCCAAGAAAGGCUUUGACCUCCAGAUCCUCCUGAUUCUGUUUCACAAGUGACGGGAUUGCAGGCAUGAGCCAUUCCCCAGCUUUGUGAAAGCGUUCAUAUGGAGAGCCUGCUACAAUGGUCUUCACCCUCAUUUCUUCCUUAGAUUGAUCCUGUUACAGGAAUGGUUAUGAAUUUGACCGACCUCAAAGAAUACAUGGAGGAGGCCAUCAUGAAGCCUCUUGAUCACAAGAACCUGGACCUGGAUGUGCCGUACUUUGCGGAUGCUGUGAGCACGACAGAAAAUGUAGCUGUCUACAUCUGGGAAAGCCUCCAGAAACUUCUUCCAGUGGGAGCUCUUUAUAAAGUAAAAGUGUUUGAAACCGACAACAACAUCGUAGUCUAUAAAGGAGAAUAGGUCUUAGGGUUGCUAUUGUAGACAGGCACAUUUCUUUUCACACUUGAAAAAGGCUUUGUCCUUCCAGAGUUCGCAGCAGUCACCACAUGCUUGUGUCUCCAUGUUCUGUUCUAGAGUACCCGAGCAUUAAAGUAAUGUAAGGCCUGUAUUUAGAUGUAUUUACGAAUCAAACUUUCAGUGUAUCCUGCAUGUGGUUUUGGUGAGAAGGUAGAGAAGGAUUGAGGAUUGACACCAGGGCCUCACACGGGAAGCAUAGACUCUUCUGAAGUGCAUUCCAGUCCUCUCAAGGCUAUUUAGAGGGUCUUUUAUCUAGAGGUUUAAAAUUAUUUCAUCUUGGGCUGGAGAGAUGGCUCAGCCGUUAAGUACACUGACUGUUCUUCCAGAGGUCCUGAGUUCAAUUCCCAGAAACCACAUGAUGGCUCACAACCAUCUAUAAAGGGAUCUGAUGCCCUCUUCUGGCAUGUAGUUGUACAUGCAGACAAAGCAUUCCUACAUUAAAAAAAAUACAUAAAUAAAAUUUAAAAAUAAUUUCAUUUGAGCAAAAUGUUUUGAUGUGGAAUUAUGCAAAGGUAAAAUAAACCCAUUUUUGUUAUCUA